CCCACGUAUUUCCUCUUAUAAAUAGCGAGAGUAGUACCUCCCCUGCUUCUUUCCUUCAUUAACUUGUUUCUGCACACAUAAAACCUCAACUCUAGAGCAGCACCCUUUUCUUCAAACACAACUCUCUCUCUCUCUCUCUCUCUCUUUCUCUCUCUCAUUAUGCCUUCAAGACUCUCAGAUGCCUUUAAAGACUACCCCGUCCACUUGCACCAUAAGUACCUAGACUUCGAUUCGGUGAAAGAAUUGCCCGACUCCUAUGCAUGGACUGCACAGCCUGAGGACUCCCCUUGUCCUAACUCACCAAGUGGCCAGGAAGUGACCGUGCCGGUAAUCGAUCUUCGCCGCCCGAAUGCGCUAGAACUCGUAGGCCACGCGUGCAAGACUUGGGGCGUCUUCCAAAUCACCAACCACGGCAUACCCAAGAGGCUCCUCGACAGCAUCCAAUCAGCUGGUAAGAACCUCUUCUCUCUUCCGGUGCAACGGAAGCUCAGGGCGGCCCGCUCACCCAACGGCGUCUCCGGCUAUGGUGUUGCGCGGAUCUCUUCGUUCUUCCCCAAGCUAAUGUGGUCCGAGGGCUUCACCAUCAUCGGAUCUCCGCUUGAACACGCUUGCCAACUUUGGCCUAACGAUCACACGGAAUUCUGUGAUGUAAUUGAAGAGUACGAGAAAUCGAUGAGAAAGCUAGCCGGGACGUUAAUGUGGCUGAUGCUCGGGUCAUUGGGCAUAUGCGAAGGAGACGUCAAGUGGGCCGGACCGAAAGGGGACUUCGCCGGGGCGUGCAACGCGUUGCAAUUGAAUUCUUACCCGGCUUGCCCGGACCCGGAUCGAGCCAUGGGUCUCGCCCCGCACACCGACUCGACCCUUCUCACCAUCCUCUUCCAAGACAGCACCAGUGGCUUGCAAGUCCUCAAAGAGGGAUGCGGAUGGGUCAUGGUCCCUCCGGUCCCCGAUGCGCUUGUGAUCAACGUGGGCGACCUCCUCCACAUAUUGUCCAAUGGCUUGUACCCAAGCGUCCUCCACCGGGCGGUCGUCAAUCGGAACCGGCAUCGCCUGUCCGUGGCUUACCUCUAUGGCCCUCCAAGCACCGUCCAGAUCUCGCCACUGCCGAAGCUGAUCGACCCGAGCAACCCCCCGCUGUACCGGCCCGUGACCUGGAGCGAGUACCUCGGCACCAAGGCAAAGCAUUUCAACAAGGCGCUGUCCUCGGUCCGGCUUUAUGCCCCGAUGAACAAAUUGCAAGAUGUAAAUGACAAAAUAGUGAAAGUGGGCUAGACAUUAGACAAUUAGAUGUUGAGAUUACUGUUGCUAUUAAUUCCCCUUAAAUUUUGCCAUUUCUUUCGUUUGGGUAGCCAUCGAUUGACAAGAUACUGUGGAAUUCAAUUUAUCGGAGGACACUCGGGAGGUCUAACUUUAAGGAA